AUGAGAGACAUCAGAACCCCUCCUCGAUGGAAAGACCCCGAAAUUCAGCAUCAAGUGGAUAUUGCACUGCUUGAAGACGACGCUGCCCAAAUUGAAGCAGAUGAAGCUCGCAGAAAAAUCGUACCCCUUUUGUCAAGGCUACACCGAGGUUCGGUGCUGUUUCCCGGGUCACAGGGCUACAGAUACUCAGUGUGGGUUAGAAAUCUCCGCUACAGCCUGAAGAGACCGGCUGCUGUUGUGCAUGCAGUAACGGCAUGGGAUGUCGUGGCAACAGUCCGAUUCUGCGUCCAAGAAAGGUUGAAGUUGACCAUCCGAAGUGGUGGACACUCGAACGCUGCGCAUUGUUUGAACGACAAUGGUAUUGUUCUCGAUAUGCGGAUGUUGAACAAAGUAGUCAUCCACCCUAAUGAGGACAUACUAUAUGUGUCUGGUGGAGCUCUGUGGAGUGACGUAUACAGGGAGCUACAUGAUAAAGAUCCUCGUCUUAUCGUCGUGGGUGGCCAGUGUCCAACAGUCGGCGUGAGUGGUUUCUUACUUGGAGGUGGUAUAAGCCCAUUUUCUCGCUCGUACGGGCUGGGUAUCGACAGCAUCGAAGCGAUAGAGAUCGUCAAAGCAAAUGGAGAAUUGGAUAUCGUCAGCGCAGAAAACCAUCCAGAUCUCUUCUGGGCUCUUCGUGGUGGUGGGGGCGGUAAUUUUGGCGUCGCAACAGGAUUCUUCUUGAAGGUCCAUACGCUCAAUCAUCCCGAAGGAAUGGUGACUUGUGGUACACUAGGAUGGUCAGUCGGAGACAUGAAGUCAAGGAAGAAAUUCAUUGACACCAUGAUAAACUGGGAUCAAACCCCCCUGCCCCCAGCGCUAUGCGGCGACGCGCUUUGGCGAUACCGGAGAGACCGCGAGACCAAGGAGAAAAGGCUCUGGGCAGAGAUUACGAUCAUGUACAACGGCGGAAAGAAUGAUUGCGACAGUGAGUUGGCCAAGGUUCUGCGUGGCGAACCUGAUGUGAAUACACUCAAGGAGAUGAACUUCUAUGACUGGGAAGUUGGAGGUGAGGCGUUUGCCAACCAUUCUCAAGUCCAUCAACACCACUCCUCUGUUAUCAUUGAAAAGGGUAGAAUGACAGAACACGUUGUCAAUUUUAUCACGGAUUGGAUGGUAUCAAAAAAGGAGCAUGAGCUGGAAAGCGAAAACGGCGGGUGUCACGUUCUUUGGGAUCAUAUUGGGCAACAAACAAGCCAAAAGAAGCCGGACGAAACAGCCUUUCCAUGGCGCACCGGGGAGUAUGCACUUUCGAUGAAAGCAAGCUGGAGCAAUGAAGAGAAGGAGAAUGAAAUGGUUGCAGAAGUCCAAAGACUCCGGGACGAGCUAACGAAAUAUGCCAUUGGAGGGAAAGCGGCGUAUGUGAACUUCAUCGACGAUACAUUGACGGGCUGGUGGGAUGCAUAUUACGAUACCAACUAUGAAAGGCUCCGGCAGCUGAAGAAAAUCUAUGACCCUGAAGAUUUCUUCGAGUUUCAGCAGAGUAUUCGAAAGCCCAGGAGCGACCAUCCAGAAAUACAUACUGUGCCAUCACGCAGUGUUGCGGCCCAUAAGGGGGAAUUGGACGAGAAGAAUGAUUUCCUUCAAGAUGAUACCACGCAGAUUGAGAAGCCAUUCUCUCAAGAUGCACCCGCGGAGUCAGUAAGCGAUUUGGGAUGCGGCAGUCUUCAAAGUGGGCGUUGUUCUGCAAUGUCUUUGAAGCGAUACAUUCUCGGCCUUUUUGCUAGAUUAAAGUCAUAA